GUAGUUCAGAGGUUAGACCAGAUGCUUUGAAGCAGAAGCAUAGGAGAAGCGGGUGGGUCGGUGGGUAGGCAGGGCAGUGCAACAAUGGCGUGGUGUAUUGGCCCAUCCUCCUCUCCCUUGGCGUCCAUCAUCGAGUUUAAGAAAGCAUUGUCGAGCAGCACCAAGGCCAUGGGCAUGGGCUCCGCGCAGGGUGCCGCUGCUGCGGGCCUCGCUCUUGCUGCCGGAGGCUCCAUUUUGCUUCUUCAUCAUCGGACCACAAGAAGAAAACAACUCACUCCACCCUUGUUUGCCUCCUCCACCAUGAGCAUCUCAGACACUCCUCGUAAAAAUGAGGUUAUUCGAACAGACAAGGCCCCAAAACCAAUUGGACCAUAUUCUCCGGGAAUCAAAUCUAAUAACCUCAUUUUCUUGUCUGGGCAAGGGGGCCUUGUUCCUGAGACUGGGAAACUCAUCUCUGAUGGCAUAGUGGAGCAGACAGAGCAGGCUCUUAAGAAUAUUGGAGAACUUUUGAAAGCUAGUGGUGCAAACUAUUCUUCAGUUGUGAAGGCAACAGUCUGGCUUGCUGACAUCAAGGACUUCAACACAGUCAAUGAGAUCUAUGCAAAAUAUUCAUACAAAGAAAAGAAAUGGGCUUGAAUCAAAGAGGCUUAAUAACCUAGUUUAUGUGAAGUACAAUUGGUAUUUGAAGGAGAAAUUUGCUAAGAGAGAUAAGAGAGACUCCCUCAGAUCAAAAGAUAUGGAUAAUGCCAUGGAGUGGUUGGUUGAUGAUGAGGUCGAGGGGCAUAAAGGAUUGACAUCAUAUAUGGUCAUGGAGGCCUCAUGGUUAGCAGCCAAGCCUCCUAGGGCCACUCUUUCUUCUUCACAUAGGGCAAGGGUGGUGGUGGAAGAGGAGGAAGCAGAGGUAGAUGCAGAAGAGACAGAGGAGGAUCACCAUUAUGUUGAGGAGGGAGAUGAUUCCGAUGAUGGGCUCGAUACCGAUGCAUAUGAUGCGGUCUUCAAGUCUAUAUUUCUUUUCAUUUUCUUUUCCUCCUCUUAUGUUUAUGUAUGGACUAUGGUUAUGGAUUAUGGAGGUGUGUGUGGACUAUGGAUAUUUGAUAUGUUAUAUGUGUUAUUUC